AUGGGAUCGACGCGUCCAGCGCUCGGCGCGCACUUUUCCCCGGCAUUCGCCCCAUCCGCACAAGAACCCAUCAAGUCGCAGACCCAUCUUCAACCCUCACCGCUACCACUGCAGCCCAUUGAAAACUCAUACCAUCCCUCCGUGGGCGGCCCGCACAGGCCAUCGCCGACAAAAGGACUGCCUACCCAGGGCUCGCAUCCCGGCGCUCGAAAACUCGGUUUCGUGCCCAUCUCCGCGCCCGCUCCUCCAAUGUUUACCACCGACUCCCCGGCCAAGAAACCGCCCUUCCCCAUCUACCAUCACCCCUCAAUGCCGCAAUCGGCUCUCUUCACCACCUUCUCCAGUGUCAAUCCCGAGGCGACCAAGGAGAACCAGCGAACCGAGGAUCCGUCCAACGGCAGCUUCGCCGACUUCCCCGAACCCUCUUAUGAAUCGAAGCAUGAGAACAAGCUUCCGAUGAAGCGCACACUGAUGGAGGCUGCCCCGCUCAAAGAGCGCUCUGUGAAGAAGCAAAAGCGCGAAGACGCGCCGAUGCACACCCUACCUGAACCGCACGACAUGCCGCCUAUCGAAGAUGACGGCACCAAGCCACCAUACAGUUAUGCGACAUUGAUUGGGAUGUCGAUUCUGCGCGCACCUAACCGUCGCUUGACGCUCGCCCAGAUCUACAAAUGGAUCUCCGACACAUUCUCCUAUUACAAGCACAGCGACCCGGGAUGGCAGAACAGCAUUCGACACAACCUGAGCCUCAACAAGGCAUUCAUCAAGCAAGAACGGCCCAAGGAUGAUCCCGGCAAGGGCAACUAUUGGGCCAUCGAGCCUGGUAUGGAGAUGCAAUUCUUGAAGGACAAGCAGGUUCGCCGGGCCACGAUGUCAAGUCUCCCCCUUCCCGCUGUCCCGCAACGAGAUCUCGCGCCACAACCGCAAAGUGCAAGCACAACGACCUGGAUGGUUCCACCACCCCCGGCGCGACAACUUCCACCACCUCCGAAGAUCUCGCACAAUGAUGAUCUAUCAUCUGAUGCUACAUUGCCUGCGUCUGAUCCCGCCUUGCAGGAAGAUGCAAAUGAUGAGGUUCCUCCUGCACCUGCCCACCAGACCGCCCCCUGCGGAACUCCUCCCACACCCACCCACCACGCCGAACCUACUCCUGCUCCUCGCCCGCGGAAACGCAAGUCUAUCACCAUGAAUGACAGUGGUUACUUCUCAUCCCUUGAGUCUUCCGCCAUGCGACCUAACAAGGCUGGCCACAUUUUGACCUCCGACCUUGAUAUCGAACCUCCACGUAUCAAGCGUGGCCGUGCAGAGGAGGAGAUCGCCAGAAUCCGAAGCUCGUCUCAUGAUAUUAGCCCUGGCCAACCGCCUGCCCGCAAGGACGCCAGUGCCAUCGUUGGGUCCUCUCCCCUCCGCGGAGAGUAUGUGAGCAUGUUGCCUCCGCCCUUGACACCGGUGAUCAAGUUCAAGAAGCCAGCCAAACCUCCGCCAUCCGUCUCCCCCAAUACGAAUCUGCGCAACCACCGUCGCAAGAUUCAGCAAAUGGUCAAUUCGCCUAUCAAGCACCUUGGCCUUGCAGACGAUGACCUGCCGUGGAGUCCGGCUUUCAAUCUUCACGAUGAGACCUACACUCCUCAUGAUCACUUCCACACCAGCUUCGACGUCUUCGCCGAUUCCACCGCCAAUGUCUCUCCCACGGCGUGUGGCUCGCCUGAAAAGCGUUCCGCUAAGCGACAACGUCUUGACAAGGGGGCCACGGCUCUCACGGAUAUCAGUUCCGUUAGUGUCAACCGGCUCGCCCCUGCACUCUCUCGAUCCAAGUCGGCUGUCUUCCCCGAGUCUCCGUCAAAGCUGCCUGAUACAGGCCGGCUCGGUGAUCAUAGCCAAGAUGACUUCUUUUCGUUCCACCUCUUUGACGAAAACAACAGUAGUCCCGACGAGGUUGACGGUGUCGAUCUUCUCCAAGGCUUCCAGAAAAUUGGCGGCCAUAACAAAGACGAUGCCCUUAAGCCCAAGGCUAUUCACGCUCGGCCACAUCUCACCAGCCGCAGCAACACCACUUUGUUCUAA